GUCUAAGCUUUAUUGCCCGAUUACCAGAUUAUGUUCUGAACCUUCAUUGUUGCCUGCGAUUACUGGCCUCUCUGGGACGGCAUCGACGAAAAAAGUACCGGGAUUCAGCGCCUGCUGGGAGCAGGCAUUAAGAACGGCUCGCAGCAUCCGACGAAUCUCUCGAGUCUCUGGAUUGCUAGUCCUACGAUGGAGAGACAUCUUGCAGGAUCUUCUCUCGCUCUCCUCCAAGGAGCCCCGUAAAUUUCAUCCGAUCUCCCUAGAAAUUAAUUCCGAAUCUCUGCAGAAUUUUCCUGGUCCUCGUCGUUCGAAGGCCCGGUGAAAGAAAAGAAAAAAUGAAAUAGUAAUUGAAAUACCGAUUCAGAAAUCGAGAUGUCUUGGAGAUAAAUUCCCUAAGUUGUUCGCAUGUUAUCACCGUGAACCCUGGGAAAAUAAUGGAGUAAAGAAGUACUCGCUGAUUUUGGGAGGAUUUAUCGAGUUCCUUCUCCGAAUGUUUGCAUCGUCGACAGCUGAUAAUUUUUUAAUAAAAUGACCGAAGAAGCGAUCCAAAUGCCCGAGACGAAUGCUGAAAAUGGAGGCGUCGUUCAACAGGCGCCAAAAGACGAUGGGAGUCCUCAGAUGGUCUAUGGAGUAGAAGACAUCCCACCGUGGUACCUGUGUUUAUUCAUGGCAUUACAGCACUAUCUCACCAUGAUCGGUGCCAUUGUGUCGAUUCCAUUUAUAUUGACGCCGGCACUUUGCAUCACGGAGAGCGACCCUGCAAGGAGUUACAUUAUUUCCACCAUGAUAUUUGUAACUGGAAUAGCGACGCUUUUGCAGUCAAUUAUCGGGUGCAGGCUUCCGCUGAUACAGGGUGGUACCAUCUCGUUUUUAGUCCCGACUCUUGCUAUACUCAGCUUGCCGCAAUGGAAAUGUCCAGCUCCUGAAAUCCUGAAUGCUAUGUCAAUGAAUGACAGAACCGAAUUGUGGCAAAUACGAAUGAGAGAGUUAUCCGGUGCUAUUUCCGUGUCCGCACUUUUCCAAGUUAUCAUUGGCUUCGGAGGUAUCAUAGGGUACAUGUUGAAGUACAUAACACCAUUAACCAUGGUACCGACUAUAACACUGGUUGGGAUAUCCUUGUUUGAAAAUGCCGCUCAAGCUGCUUCUAGACAUUGGGGGAUCGCAGUCGGAACCAUAGUGAUGCUCACCCUGUAUUCCCAAGUUAUGGUCAACGUGGAGUGCCCAUUCGUGACCUAUAGGAAGGGAAAAGGACUUCGCGUUAUUUGGUUCCCUCUGUUCAGAUUGUUCCCGGUCUUGUUAACGAUAUUCAUAAUGUGGAUAAUUUGUCUGGUGUUAACGAUGACGGAUGUUCUACCCGAUGGCCAUCCCGCGAGGACGGACUCCAAAAUCGACAUUCUGUACGACUCCCCAUGGUUUUACAUCCCAUAUCCAGGCCAAUGGGGUGCACCUACUGUCAGCUUAUCCAGUGCACUUGGCAUGUUGGCUGGUGUCUUGGCAUGCACCAUAGAAUCUGUCAGCUAUUAUCCAACGACGGCUCGAAUGUGUGGUAUUACAUCGCCUCCCAUUCACGCCAUUAACCGAGGAAUCGGAAUCGAAGGAAUUGGAACCGUCCUGGCAGGUCUAUGGGGCAGUGGGAAUGGUGCAAACACAUUCGGCGAAAAUGUCGGCACCAUAGGUGUGACAAAGGUCGGGAGUCGAAGGGUCAUCCAGUGGGCAUGUGCGAUCAUGAUUUUACAAGGAGUGAUCAGUAAAUUAGGAGCCUGCUUCAUUAUCAUUCCCGAGCCGAUAGUAGGAGGGAUAUUUUGCAUAAUGUUCGGUAUAAUAUCAGCAUUCGGUCUUUCGACCCUGCAGUACGUCAAUUUACGGUCCACUAGAAACUUGUACAUUUUGGGAUUUUCUCUUUUCUUCCCUCUGGUGCUGUCAAAGUGGCUUCUCCGCAAUCCCGGUUCCAUAAACACAGGAAUUACAACGCUCGAUGGAGUGUUGACGGUGUUAUUUAGCACGACUAUUCUAACAGGAGGAGCGAUCGGAUGUCUUCUGGAUCACAUUAUACCCGGUACUCCAGAGGAAAGGGGAACCGAUGCCUGGGCGAAGGAGAUAUCGUUAACGGAAACAACGGAAGAAUCAACUUCCAAGUACAGUACUUACGAUUUCCCCUUCGGGAUGGAAAUUCUGAGGAAAUGGAAGUGGACAUCCUACCUGCCCUUCAUGCCUACAUACGUGAAUCGCGUUUCCAAAAAUCGUAACGCUUAGAGUAUACAAAAAGAGAGAGAAAAAAAAAAACAAGAAACAAAGCGAUAAACCAGAGCGAUACUGCCACGAGAGAAUCUUCGAAACUCUCCCUUCUACGUGAAAUUAUAAUCCUGGAAAGAUUCGCAAGAGAGAAAGAAAAGAAAGAGAACGAAGAAUCGGCAAAAAAAGGAUGUCGAGUAAUAAUCGAAGCUGGUGGGGGGUGGUAAUCAUAAUUAUAAUAAAAAAAAAACGAUCAUAUUAAUAAUAAUACAAUACAAUCUCGCUUCUAAGAGAUGUCAAAUCGUCUGUACAAUUAGCGAUACGCUUCGCGAUCUAAUUACAGUGUUCGGUUUACUUGGCUAAUCGUCACAAUGUAAAAUUCACUUCGAGGGUGUACUCACGACAUACAUAAGAGGGUCGGUACUUUUACCUAUCAAGAUUCUAAUUGCGCCGUAGGCGCGGGAAAACCUUAAGAGGUAAAGGUCUUCGCAAUUGUUUCUUCUUCAUAACGUAUAUAAAGGCACUGUACACGCAAGAUCCUUAGAAUAACUAGGUACAUAUAUAUGCAUACACGCCUUUUGUUGUGUUAAAUAUAUACAUAUAUAUGUAUCGCGACGCUUAUCAUGAAAAAUAUACAUUCGCACCGUCGGUCUUUGUCCCCGGAUCUGCAGGCUCCCGUUUUUCUAUUUCCCAGGCCAGGGUUUAACUAAUCGCAGUUUAAGGGGCCCUUUCCUAAACCAUCGCGAUCCUGAGGGAUCGCUCGACGUACAGAAAAAGAAGAAAAAAAAA